AUGGAGAGGUCCCCGCGGGUUGAGGGCUCCGGUGACCGACUGUGCAACGCAGCUGCCCGCGGGGACCUCGGGGAGGUGCGGAUGCUUCUGGAAGCGGGCGUGGAUCCCAACGGGAUCAACUCUUUUGGCAGGACCCCGCUCCAGGUGAUGAUGCUGGGCAAGCCACGGGUGGCUGAGCUGCUGCUGCAGCGCGGAGCCGACCCCAACCGCCCUGACCCAAGCACCGGCUGCUUCCCUGUCCACGACGCGGCCCGCUCCGGCUUCCUGGAGACGGUGGUGGUCCUGCACCGCGCCGGGGCCCGCCUUGAUCUGCCCGACGGCCGCGGCCGCCUUCCCCUCGAUGUGGCGGAGGGGGGUCCGCACGGACCGGUGGGCUGCUAUCUACGGCACCCGCCUUUCUUCCCCGCCGCCGCCGCCGCCACACCGGGAGCCGGGCCGCCCGCCGAGGGGGCUGAGCGAUGA